ACAAUACCUAAACUUACCAACUUACCUACCUAACCUACAUAUUAAUAUAUAUUAGGUACUAGGUUAGUUACCAGCACUUAAAAGACUAAGCCAUCCCUACGGGUGUUAUUAAUUAAUAGCAACCUUCCUCAUUCAUCCUCACAUCCUCAAUAAUCUCCGUCUCCACCCAACCCAGAAAUCUUCAUCGGAGGGGUAUGUAGUGUAAACCAGGCCUUGUCCCAAUGACGACAGCGGCAUCAACCCCCCCGGCCGAGACCGCGGGGUCCUCUCGGCCGUGCAACCGGUGCAAGGACCACGAAGGCACCGUCGACUUGCGGGGUGCCGAGACGGUAUGCGAAACCUGCUUCGCAUACUACGUAUCCAGCAAAGCCAUCAAGCGCCUCGAGGCCCUGCAGCGCGAAACCGCCGCGCCGAGGUCGUCUACCACCACCAAGGGCCCUAGGCGGCCGCAGCGGUACCUGGUCGGGCUGUCGUGCGGGCCGUCGUCGACGGCGCUGCUGCACGUGUUGACGGAGAAUGUGCGGCUGCAGCGCGCUAGGGGGCAGAAGACGUCUCGGUUUGAGUACGUUGCUGUGCAUGUUGUCGACGACACUGUUCCUCCUUCUGGGAGGGAGGGGGGAAGAGACGAGGACGGGGACGGGGAAGUUUCCUAUAUUGCCGCCUUCCGCACCCGCUUCCCAGACGCAAACCUGCAAACCGUGCCCCUGAGUUCUGCGCUCGAUUUACCUUCUAUCGACUGGACCUCCCUCCCUACUCCCCCCAUUCCUAUUCCUACCUCUCAAGACACCACCACCACCACCACCACCACCCCUCCCUCCCACCGCCUCUCCCAAAUCCUGCAAUCCCUCCCCUCCACAACCUCCCGCGCCGACAUCAAGCGCCUCCUAACCCGCCACGUCCUCCUCGCCGCCUCCCGCGCCCGAAGCUGCGACGCCCUGCUCCUCGGCCACAGCACCACCUCGCUCGCCGAGCUGACGCUCUCCGAGACGGCCAAAGGGAGAGGGUUCUCCUUACCAUGGCUAGUUAACGACGGCGCCGUACCGGUCCCUUCCAGUCCGGACCACGGAUUUCCCGGCGAUAGUAGUAGUAGUAGUAGCAGCGAUAACAACAACAACAACAACAACAACAACGAUACUGCCACAACCAAUGGGCUUCCGACCGAGACCCCCGGACCCCUCCUCCCGAUCUACAGCCCGCUGCGCGAGCUGUUCCGCAAGGAACUCGUGCUGUAUCUCUCGCAGACGUCGCCGGCGCUCACUGGCAUCUUACCGCCGGCUGAAGCGGCCAGGAUUAGCAGUGCUGCUGCUAACGGGGGCGGGGGCGGGGGUGUAGCCGCGGUAGUUUCGCACCGGGACCUGAGUAUCGACGACGUGCUGGGGCGGUACUUCAGCGAAGUCGAAGCCAGCUACCCUUCCGUCGUGGCCAACGUCGUGCGUACGACGGGCAAGUUGCUGCGGCGGCCUGCGGACGACGAUCACAGUCAUAGUCACGAUCACGAAGGGAACACAAUAAUAAGCAGCAAUGCUAGUAAUGGGCGAACUAACUGCGGCCUCUGCGGCGCACCAGUCGACGAACUAGGCGACGGGCGGUGGCGGGGUGAAAUCGGCGAUGACGAGGAUGGGAACGGGGACAGAGCGGCAACUCGACGGAGGCUAUGCUACGGAUGCCAACGGUCUAUACGCGGAUAGCACAUAGCUAGCUACCUAGCUUACCUACCUCUAUGUAUCUCGGCACCUCCCUGCCUUCACCUUAACAAGCAAUAAGAGAAACCAGUGGCUAAAGCAAGC